GCCCAUCCAUUCGAUAUAUUUACAUACACGAAUGCAUAACAAUCAGCAAGUACCAAAGGACAAUUGCCACAGUUUCAGAAUCACUUAGAAUUCCCAGAAAUUCCACAAAAUUCAGUGAUUCGCCCGAAAAUAGUGCAAUAAAAUACUCAAGAUGAAUCGAAUAAUGAAAGCCCUUUCGAGUAAAGAGACUCGUGAUUAUUUCAUGAGCACACAUUUCUGGGGACCAGUGGCCAAUUGGGGAAUCCCUAUAGCAGCUAUUGCUGAUAUCAAUCGGGACCCAAAUUUUAUCAGCGGAAAAAUGACUGUUGCACUUUGUCUAUAUUCCGCAAUGUUCAUGCGAUUUUCAUUGCGAGUACAGCCGAGGAAUCUUCUCCUUUUUGCCUGUCAUUUCACCAAUGAAGGAGCGCAAUUGACGCAGCUGUAUAGAUUUAUGAAUUAUCAUUACUUGGGGGGUAAGAAGGACGAGGAGAAAGAGUGAUGGAAUUAUUCUGCCAAUUAAAAUGUAAAGAACUGCACCACCUCGGUCCACCCUUGUGGAUCGAAUGUUUCAGAGAUGUUAGACAUUUUUGUAAAUAUAUAAAACUGUUCAAUAUUUA